AUGGCCGAGGCUGUUGUUUCGUUCGUGGUGGAGACAAUAGGAAAGCUGCUCAUCGACGAGGCCAAAUUCUUGAGGGAUGUGGAGGGCAAGGUCGAGGACCUGCAAAAGGAGCUGAAGCUGAUCCGGUGCUUGCUGAGAGAUGCGGAUGCGAGACGAGAGCACGACCAAGUUAUUGGAGAAUGGACUACCCAACUCCGAGACAUUGCCUAUGAUGCCGAGGACGUCAUCGAGGGAUACACCCUCAGAGUUGCACUGAAGAAUGGACAAAACAUCACCAAAGCAUAUGCUUGCCUCGUGGCGAAGUGCACGUGUGUGCCGGUUCAUGUGGUGGGGACUAAGAUUGAGGCCUUGAAAUCCAGCAUCUCCAAUCUGAGAACGAGUAUGCAGGGUUAUGGCAUCCAAUCUGUGAAUGAGGGCGAACACGAACGGGCAAGAGCUUCGACGCCAAAACGUACUUAUGCACAUUUCGAGGAAAAUAUUGUUGGGAGGGAAGAUUGUAUUAAGGUGUUGGUGAAAGAGCUGGAGGAUGGAAAACAGCACAGGGUUGUUUCUAUAUGGGGAAUGGGUGGUUUGGGUAAGACCACACUUGCUAAGAAAGUCUUCACUCAUGACAAAGUGAAGAACCAUUUCAAUGGUUUCGCUUGGGCUUGCAUAUCUCAAGAAUACCGUGCGAGAGAUAUUUUGGAGGGAAUUCUUGUUAAGUUGAUCCCCGAUCAAAGAAAGAGGGUUACAGAGAUGAGAGAUGAUGAAUUGUUCGAAACUCUUUAUAAGAUCCAACAAGAGAAGAGAUGUAUCGUGGUUCUUGACGAUAUUUGGACUAAACAAUCAUGGGAUGGUCUUCGAGCCGCAUUCCCAUUCGAGGACACGAGAAGCAAACUAUUGGUAACGACUCGAAAUAGAGUAAUAGCUGAGUAUAUCGAUCCUCAAGGUUUUUUCCAUGAACCUAAGUGCUUAUCGGACCAGGAGAGUUGGGAGCUACUGACUAAGAGAGCAUUUCCUGAAACGAAAGGUAAGGCUUCUUUAAGGUUAUUAUCCUAA